AUCAGCUGGAGGCAGCAAUAAACACAAGAAAAUCUGCAGCGGAGAAAAUAGAGAAGAGGAGAAAAAAAACUGCAGAUGUUAUGAUCUGAAAACAUCAGUGUAACAUUUUUACACGAAGCCCUUCUUCUAAGAAGAAAGCCUUUUAUUUUUGUAUAAUAGUGUUUUAACUACCUCACCUAAAGGCUAUCUAAAGCUAUGCUUUAAGAGUUGUCGUUUCUACUGUGUGUAAGAUCUCGUUUACAACUUGAAUUCUACUUCAAAGGCAGGCCUUUGUUCCAAACCAAGUGAAACCUUACAAUUGCACUACAGAAGCCCACUCAGUUCUGUUUGUAAAACCCAAGAACAAGAAAGAGGCUCCAAGUGGAAACAAGAAACUAAAGAAAAUCAGGCAACAAACAGCUUAAAUAUUCAACUGAUAUAUUGAAGAAAAGAUCAAAAGGCAGCUAUAGCUUUUUUGUGUGUACAACUAAAAGCACCACAGUCAUCAACACAUCAAACAAUACAAGCAGCAAUGUUUCAGCGUCUUAGCAACCUGCUGUUUGGGGAAGUAGAGGAGGUAGCAGCUGAACUGAAGGGACCCAAUCCAUGUGUGACGGAGGCCGACGAGGAGGGAUGGAUGCUCGUCAACUUGCCUGAAUCUGACGGUAUGAUGCAGGUGGAGGAUGAGACACAAUCACUGAUGACACAAUCAUUCCCAGACAGUAACCUGUCAGAUAACCAAAAUACACACAUAAGAACUGAGUGUGUGGCCCCCAUACCCCACCUGCCUCACAAGCGUCGUAGGACACAUAAAAAUCGGGCACGGGGUGCAGCAGCACCAUCAGACCUCCUAUCUUGCCCAAGCACUAGUCCAUCACACAUGGGUGCCACCACACCCGUGAGCCUGCCAAGACGGGCCAGACUGUCCACGCCCUCCUCCACCCCGUCAAUGUCCCCAGGCUCUGGGAGUGAGUGUGGGGGCCGUGGGGGUGCCAGUAGGUCAGGCUCAGAGAGAGGCUGCAUGGAUGAGAGCUGGUUUGUCACCCCUCCCCCCUGUUUCACUGCAGAGGGAGCUACAGCAGAGGCCAGCCCGAUGGAAGACCUGCUGAUAGAGCACCCCAGCAUGUCUGUGUACGUCUCACCGAGCAACCUGUCCAUGAUCUCCAACAGCAACCUGUCCAUGGUAGGAGAGGAAAGCAUUGCAAGUUUGGCGAGCAGUGUGAGCAGAGUGGCUGAACAGCCUGCUGUCCCUGCUACCCGCAGCACUACGUCCACCAGGGUGAGCCAUGGAGCUGCUGCCCAAGCUGGAGCUCUGGCCAAGGUCACCCAAGUGGCCAGGGUCCAGCGCUGCAAAGCGCGUAUGGAGAGGCGCCAUCUGAGUCGCAACCACAUCCAACGCCAAAACCGCACAAGGGAUCAGAUCCCUCGCCAUGCAGUGCAUGCCAGAAACACCUUCCUUCACCAGCCCAGCAAGCGCAACUUCUGCCACUAAACUCCCAAGCAACCAGGGGGCUUUGUUUACUUUGAGGGCAUUAGUUUGCAUUGUCAGCUCAAGACACACAUGGUUAAACACAUUCACCAACAGCAUUUUUGCUUUAAUUUCUGCAUAUUAUAUUAGGUUUCAGCAAGACUUCAGCAGGUCUUUUUGUUUCAACACAAGCUGACGCCAUCUGGUUGUUUUUGACCAUUCUGCCGUUAUGAGCUAGUUGCUCUCAGUAAAUCAGUGUAGAUCUUUAUUAUAGCCUCCUUAUUGUCCACUGCAUUAUCCAAAAACAGACAAAAAAGGAAAAAAAAAAAGCUACAUAAUAGUUUUUCAUGUUAGACAUUAAGGGAUAAUGCCAAAAAAGAAGUUGAAAAACACAAACAAAAAAAGAAAGACAUAUUAAUUUCAUUUUGCUCUUCCUUAAGUCAUGUAAUAUUUAAGUUCAUUUAACCAAUAAAGCUAACAAUUUGGAGAUGUUUAAGCAAAACUUGCAUAGACAGAUGUCUAAAUUUUACUCUGACUAGAGAGUUUUGGUGGAAACAAUGCAAAACAGAAACAAGUUAAGCCUUUGAGUUAUUUUACAGCAAAAAAUAUUUAUCAUGUCUUCAAAGCUUUACAUUGAUGGGGAUUUUAUCAGAAUUAUUUUUAUUCAGAAUAGGUGGUAAAGUAUAUUGUGUAUGGCAAGAAUGAGAGAAAAAUCACUGGACAUUUGUUUCUCUGGAGUUUGGUGUACCAUCAUUAAAGAAAGAAGAAAUGUGAAGCAGCUUGUUUUAGCAGAGCAGCCAAAAUGUUGUGAGAUUUCUCUCCUCUGUAUUGUGAAGGAAUAGAGGAAGUUGAAGAUGGCGAGAGAAUGUGCAAAACAGAUUAAAGAGUAAAAGAAAUGGUGCAAAUUAGGACACAACAGUAGUUAGAGCAGCAUGGGUAACAAGAAAUGGUCAUUGGAAAUUGUGAUGUAGCCCCCUGAGCAGCUCUCAACUGUGUGGGUAUCUUUAAAACCUACAAGGAAGGAUUAAGAGCGCUGUGAGAGGACGCAGGGUUUGCCUUUGGGUUACAGGGUGUGGUAGCUUAUGGUAAGUGAAUAUCAGUACUGAUGGCAACUCUUUAUUUUGUUUUGUUGUUUUGUUUUCUGCUUACUUUGUCUUGUAAAAUGUAGUCUUGUUUACAGUCUCUUUUUUGCAUAGUUCCACCAAGAGAAAAGAAACUAAACUUUUCCUGGUCAGAGGAAGAGAUUUGGCUCCUAAAGGCAACAAACCCACUCCCUGUGAAUUCUAAGCAAAAUGACGACCAUUCAUAGUGUGGUCUGUCACAUGCCCAGCACACAUCUGUCAAGUUUAUUCAAAGUGUGUGCUGUGAUUUUAUGUAAUCCAUGUGAAAACCAGAUUUAUAUGAUACAUACUAUUCAUUUAAUUGAAAACCUAAGAGGAAACAACUCUUAGGAGAAAGGAGAGAACGUAUCUCCUCGACACCUCAUAGCAAGCAUCUUCCCCCAGUUCAACAUCUUAUCAUCUUGCUCAUGGACGUGCAACACAUUGCUAACAUCUACUUUGUGACUGUCUCUUUAUGGUUAGUACACCUAGCUGUAACAGAGCCUAUUUAAAAGCUCUAGCUUACUGAUAUGUAUUCAACGACAAUAGUAAACAAUGGUGCUGAAGUGUAUACUAAUGUUUGUAAAUUAUUUGAGACAUGGAUGUAAGUUUGCACUGUCAUAUAUUUUGUGAGUCAAAGUUUUAGCAGUGUGCUGUGAGCUUGUUUUUCUUUUUUCUUUUGUGAUGUUUUUUUCUUUUUGUCUUGAUCCUGAUUGUGUGUGAUGAGCACUGACGUGUUAAAUGCUAGAAUCUCUGUUAAAAAAAAAACAAGCAUCAAUGUUGGUCAUUUAUUUCUCCUGUAAAUAUUCCAUAACAAUCCAUAAUGCUCCGUUAGAUGUCAACAGCCUCUCAGGUCAUGAGUCCACAUCAUUGCGUCCAAAUGGACUGAUGAGAAUCCACUCUCUGCCUCACCUCUGUGCUCAUUUACAAACCAGGAGGGCAUUUCAAUGGCCAAAAGAUGUGACUUUACUCCAACUUCUGUCUCAUAAUGAUGAGAUGCAGCAUAAAAACAGCACUAAACCCAGAGUUGAUGUGCCAUAGGCAACACUGCCCUCCAGAGGGUCCAUUUUGCACAGCACCUGCUGCUUCAGUGCAGGUGAAGUUAUAGUACGAUAACAAAUGCAUCACUGUCCGUGUGUUCAAUAGACAGAUUUUCUCUGAAUUAAUUUCAGAUUGUCUUUUCCUUUUGGACUGUUUCAAUCAUCUGAAUGAGUGAGAUUAAUUAAUUUCCCUUAAAUUAUACAUGAUUCACUUUUCUAUUCUGCCAGUAAACCUAUAAAUGAAAAUACUUUAUUCAAAAAUAUGUUAAUUUAUGAUAGAAUUAUGAAUAUUAUUUUGUGUGUUUUGUUUGAAAGAUGGCUUAUGAUUUAUCCUGCUGUAUUCUCAGAUGCAGGAGUGUGUAUCUGAGGUGAUAUAUCUAGCAUGCAUACACAGAAACAUGUAGUGGUGUCUGUUUACGCAUCAACACUCUUCCGGAGCUUAUUAAUCAAAGUGAUUGUACCUCAGAGGUAAAUUUUUGAUUGUCUGUUGGGACAAAAAGGUGUGUAAAAAGUAAAAAUAGGAUUUUAAAAAAAUUAAAGCUUAAAAUUGGA